GCACCUCCCGCCGACACGGGCCGGGAGGGGGGCGGGAAGGGGCGGCCCGGCGCUGCCGGGCGCGGCGAGGUGUGUCCCAGGUGCCCGCGCUAUAUCAGGCGGCGCGGUGGGGUAGCUGCCUGAUGGCGGCGCCCGCCAUGGCUGAACCGCGCUCCAAGCGGCCCCGCGUCACGCUGCCCGCCUGCCAGGCGCACCGCGCGCUGCCCGGCAGCCGCGUGAGGCAGAGCUUCCCGCCCGCCGUGGAGGAAGGCCUCUGCGGCGUCACCAGCGCCCUGCUGGAGCUCGCCUACUGCCUGCAGGCGCUGGGUGAAUAUUUUGAUCAGUCACAUGUGGCUCUACCAAAUGUUUCAAAGUUCUUCUUGCAUCAAGCUCUGGAAGAGAGAAAAGCUGCAGAGGCUUUGAUGAAGUAUCAACAAGAAAGAGGUGGCCAUUACUGUUCUAAAACAAUUCAGAAACCAAACUGUGAGUAUGCAGUUGGUCUGAUGAAAGCCCUGGAACUAGCAAUGGUACAGUGGAAAACUAUGGUACGGUAUUUUGAAGAGCUUUAUGCCCUGAGUAUUGAAAAUGCUGACCCUCAUAGCGCAAGCACUAUCAAGAAACAAUUUAUCGGGCCCAAAAUCCGGAAGAUCAAGCUGAUGGGAGAUCUGCUGACCAAUGCUCGCAGGCUUGACUGUUCCCAGGAUGGCAGGAAUAGUCUUGGGGAUUACUUUAUGGACCGGUUGCAGGAAGAGUUCAGAGCAGGCAUAGAGCCCUCCCUGCCUCUGCAGCAUUGUACAGGAGCUGCAGAGGGUCUGAAGGAACCCCCGAGAGAAUCUUCCCAGCAUAGAAAUGGCAUAGGGCCAAUCUGUGCAACCAUAUACUGCACUACCACGCUGCCACAGCGUAAUGAUGGGACAGGAGCAAAAGUGAAGCAGGGCAGGGAGGGCCUUUAACACUGUGGCUGUUUCAGCUACAAGGCAGCUCCUAAGGCAGACCUGUAUAGAGGGUGGACUUGAGACCAGGACUCAGGAGACAUGAUGCUGUAUUGAUCCUCCUGCCUUACACUCUGUCCUCUGUUGAGUGACAGUUCAAAAUCUAGCCCAUUUCAUUAUUGUGUUU